AUGUCUGUUAAAUGGCGCUGUCUUCUUGAACUCGCUGAAUGGUUCUCUCCCUUUUCCCUUUCUUCCUUCUCCCCUGCCAUCUGCACAUCAGACCACAUUGCUUUCGGUGACCUCUCCUUUCGACCCCAUUCUUUUUCUUUUCUAUUGCGUCUUUCAGUGUCCUUUAGACAACGCCUCCCCAACCCCCCUCCAAAUCUGUCGUCUUCUCUGCCCCUCCUCUGUCUUCCGAGCACAUCCUCAUCGUUACUCAAUAUGCAUCGUUCCUCCCUUCUCGGCGUUGGCGUCGCCGUCCUCCUCUUCCUCCUCUGCGUGCGCACCACCUCCGCUGCAGACGCCGUCACCGAGAACUCCGCCUCGACGGUGGCGUCAGCGCCGUCAUCGGCAUCCGCCGCCGCGUGCACCGUCGCGGGUUGCGUGCGCUGCGUCCCGGGCAGCACCACCACCUGCGCCGCUUGCGCUACGGACGUGAGCUUAGUCGACGGCCAGUGUGUGUACGAGGCGGCCUGCACGGUGGCGGACUGCUCCAUGUGCGACGUGGUGAACAUCUCGCGUUGUGCGACGUGUAUGGCGGGGCACAGGAUCAACCCGGAUUACACGUGCAGUGCGUCAGGGGAUCGGGCUGGCGGCCCCUGCUCGUCGGCGGUUGCGCUUCUUGUGAGUGUUUUGGCUUUGGCGUGGACUGCUCCGCUGACUGCAAUGUAG